AGAUGAAGUGGCUUUUCUACCUGAUAGCAGCAGGACUUUACAUGUGUUUGCAAAACUGUGUGCAUGCUGAAUCACGUUUGAGCCGAAGUGUCAUUGAAAAAGCUGUGAUUGAAGCCAAGGCCACUGUGGACUCAGCAUAUGAGUACUCCAGGAGAGUGAGCAUUGACCGUGUGAGGAGGAAUGUAGUGAGUCCUUCAGAUGUCCUGAGGACAUUGAAGCAGCCUGUCGGGCCUACUCGUAAUGCUGUGCGUGCGGCUGAUUAUAUGGAUAAUGCUGUCAAAAUAAUCAAGAGAUCUUUGGAAAGACGUCAGAAACGCUCCAUCAAUGCCACAGAUCUGAUCUCUGAGGAGGAUCUGCAGGUCAUUGCUGAUCUGACAGGCUGCUCUCCCCGACACCGUGUCCCCUCCUGCAAGACCACUCCCGAUUUAGACAAGUUUCGCACAGCAAGCAGCGUCUGCAACAACAUAAAAAACCCCCGCCAGGGAUCCUCCAACACACCCUUUACCCGCUGGCUCCCUGCUGAGUACCAGGAUAAAAUCUCACUGCCAAAAGGAUGGGACCCUAAGCUGAAAAUCAGGAGACGUUUUCUUCCUUUGGUAAGGGAAGUGUCCAACCGUAUUCUGCGCACAGCAAACUCUGAUGUGGAGAGCGACCCACUUUACACUCACCUGGUGACGAUCUUUGGCCAAUGGACUGACCAUGACCUGACCUUCACUCCUCACUCUCCUGUCAUCCGCUCAUUCAGUAAUGGUAUUGACUGUGACAAAAGCUGUGAACGCACAGAGCCCUGCUUCCCCAUUGAGAUUCCCGACCAAGACCCUCGCUUUGGCAGAAACUCAGAGGAAUGCAUCCCCUUCUUCCGCUCAGCAGCAGCUUGCGGUUCUGGCAAAACAGGCGAAAUCUUUGGUGCAAGCACCAUCCGUCAGCAGAUGAACUCUCUCACAGCUUUCAUUGAUGUAGGUCAGGUAUACGGUGCGGAGGAUAUUAAAGCUCGCUUCCUACGCAACCUCACCAAUGAUAAGGGCCUGUUGAGGGUCAACACACAAUACAUGGACAACGGCCGCGAGCUCCUGCCCUUCACCAACAUGAAUAGCAACAUGUGUGCCACCCGAGCUCGCAUUACCAAUGACUUAAAUGUUGAAGAGGUUCCCUGCUUUCUGGCUGGUGACGAGCGCAGCAAUGAGAACAUUGCUCUGACCUCUUUGCACACACUGUUUUUGCGUGAGCACAACCGUCUGGCGCGUGCUCUGGCUAAACUCAAUCCUCACUGGGGCGGAGAGAGACUCUAUCAGGAAGCACGCAAGAUCAUGGGAGGAUAUUCACAGGUUAUCACUUACAGAGAUUACUUACGACUCAUUGUUGGUCCAGACUACAUGGCCAUGAAAUUGUCCACCUACCCCGGUUAUGAUGAAAACAUGAACCCCAGCAUUUCCAAUGUUUUCGCAACAGCGGCCUACCGAUUCGCCCACCUGACGAUUCAGCCUACCAUCUUUCGUCUCAAUGAGCGUUACCAGGAGCACCCUAAAUUCCCCAGCCCAUUGCUGCACAAAGCCUUCUUCGCACCAUGGAGAGUCAUCCAUGAAGGUGGUUUGGACCCAAUCAUCAGGGGCUUGGUGGGCAGAAGGGCCAAGCUAAACACACAGGAGCAAAUGAUGCAUGAUGAGCUAAGGGACAGGCUAUUUAAAUUCUCCUCUGAGCUGGCGCUGGAUCUGGGCUCUCUCAACUUGCAGAGAGGCAGAGACCACGGAAUAUCAGGCUACAACAAAUGGCGUGGCUUCUGUGGGCUAUCACAGCCAAGAACUCGGGCAGAACUGGCUGUAGUGAUGAACAACAGUGUUCUGGCUGAAAAACUUUGGGACCACUAUGGCACAGCUGACAACAUUGAUGUGUGGUUGGGAGGAGUGUCUGAACCAUUUGUUCGCGAAGGACGAGUGGGGCCCUUGUUUGCCUGCCUGAUUGCCACUCAGUUUGAGAAGAUCCGCGAGGGAGACCGAUUUUGGUGGGAGAAUGAGGGAGUCUUCACUGAGGCGCAGAGGGCUUCCCUGAGGGAAACGUCACUCGCUAGGAUCAUUUGUGACAACACUGGUAUCAACGAAGUACCACCGAACCCCUUCCAGUUCCGACCUCGUGAGUCUGGUUACACCAUGUGCGAAGACAUCAAAACCUUUGACCUCAGUCCAUGGAGGGAGAAUCAAGGAGACUCAACUGGACGCCAAGGACCACCAGGACCACCAGGACCACCAGGACCGCAAGGACCCAUUGGACCGCAAGGUCCUAGAGGCCCCCCUGGACCUCCUAGCAGUAUGCCCAAUAUUGCCUUUUCUGUGCGUUUGGGCAACAACAACCCCCAACCCGGCAUGCCCAUCAUCUUCAGUGACGCCAUCUACAAUGGAAGGAACAGCUAUAACAUGAAGACAGGGUAUUUUACGUGUGAGCUUCCCGGUGUAUAUGAGUUCCAGUUCCACUUGACCAUCCAUAAUGGUGAUGCCACUGUGGAUCUGAAGUGUAACGGGGAAAUCAUUCUGCAUUCAUUCACCACCCGGCAGUCAGGUCACGUCACAGCCAGUGGCAGUGCAUACUAUAAGCUUGCGAGGGGAGACAGAGUCUAUCUAGAGGCCAACCCCAGUGCCAACGGUGUGACGCGUGACAGCUACUUCUCAGGGCAUUUCUUGUUCAAGGAGUAGGAGCCUGUUCAUGACACAGCUGUUAAUCUGAUAUCCGUGUCAAAACACUGCAAAAAAAAAAAAGAUCUGUUUUGAGCAGUUUUUAAAAAAAAAUUUAUUCCAGGGGGUAACUUUUGUUUAGCAAAUAUGACAAAAAGUUAUUUUUUAUAUUAGUCACUAUAUCCUGACCGUCACACAUAAGGUAGAUAAUCCUCUGUCUCCUUAUGCUUUGCUUGAUAUCAGACAGAUUUGUCAACUUAUUACACUGAGUUUCCAUCUUCGGUCUCACGUUGCGCCCACUCCAAUUUCUGCGGGGGAGAGGAGUUCAAUUUCCCCUAACCAAUCACUAGAGAACGAAUAACAUCCACUUGAAUGUAACAUUAUUUUAACUCCACACUGAUGUGUAGUUAUGCCAGCAUACCAGUUUUGUCGGCCUUUUCAGAGUGGAACGGAGCAAACAACAAAUGACAAUGUCAGGGGAUAUUUAAAAAACAUAUCGAUUAAGAACAGCAUCAGUACCAGAGUAUGUCUUAUCAAAAGCACCCACCUUUGUUGUUAUUGCUCUGCAUCGGUUCAGGAGCACUUCUUGACAAUAGCAUGACAAGUUCUGCCAGCAGGGCUGAUUGGUUAUUUUUAUUUGUUCAAAAAAACAAUUUUCUAAAGCUUAAAAACUAAUCCAAGUGGAGGUGCAGAGGUCUUGUGUUCUCUCAGCCCAUUUUAAUCACAACACGCCCAAAGUUUAUUAUGGGAUUUUGGCCGAAUGCACUACAGGCUGCACAGGUGCUCUGAAUUAUACCUUUCUCAGGUUGAAGUUGAGCUGUGCUUAAAGUCUGUUGAAGUCACCAGUCUCUACUAAUAGGAACCAUAAAUGAGAAAGUUGUCCAUUUCUAAGUCAAUUCUAGACAAAAUAACAUCUUAAAUGGAUUUUUUUUUUUUUGUAGUGGACCUUGCGGACAGAGAAGUACAAUGUUUAAAAACCUGUGGAACUAUCUGAUUUUUCAAAAUCUUUUGUACCGAAUGAAGGAAUGUUUAUAAUGCACUAAUACUUGCACUGGCAAUGUAGUCUACAUAUUAUUCUACAUAUUCUUUUGCAAAUUUGCUGAAAAACUGUGAAAACUAUUCGACUUAAUGUAUGAUUUUUUCUUAUUUUCUUUUAAAUUAAUCCUUCUGUUGUCAUAUAAAAGUGUGUUUCCCUCUCUUCUACAAAGAGUACAGUGGGUAUAUUUUUAUAGUCCAUGCCUGGCAAAUAAAUGUAAGCUAUAAUGUAAUCCUCAAAUAAUCUAUAAUUGGAAGAGCUAUAAUGUUAACCCCUUUUUCUCAAAUACACUAACAUACAAAUACUUUUCCAUGAUUUAAGUGUAAUUUGACUUUAAUAAAUAAUUGUUAAACA